AUUACCACACAUGUAUAAGCUGCUUAGAAAACACACAUUCAACACAACGCACCUCUUUACGUGUGAUUGUUUAGGUCGCUAAAAACUACCGCAGGUGUUCACAUCUGUUAGCAUAUUAGCAUAGUGUGGCUAGGGAAGUAGAGACAGCAGCGUUGUUAAAACAGCUCCCAGCCUGAUCGCUCCACUUCAGUCCGUCAGCCCCGCAGACAGCUGAGCUCCUCCAGCCGCACUCCCUGCACCAUGGCCCGCGUAGAGACGUCCUCCAGCCGGCCCUACCACCUGGUUAUCUUCGGAGCCUCCGGCUUCACGGGGCAGUACGUGGUGGAGGAGGUGGCCCGGUCCGUGUCCGAGGGUCCGAAUGGGAACCUCAAGUGGGCCGUGGCCGGCAGGAGCAAGCAGAAGCUGGAAAAAGUUAUGGAGCAGGCCGCCGGAGUGCUGAGUAAACCCGAGCUGAGGUCCGAGGUAGACAUCAUCGUGGCAGAUGUAGGAGAGCCCGACUCCCUGGCAGCCAUGUGCAAACAGGCAGUGAUUGUUCUCAACUGUGUGGGGCCUUACAGAUUCUAUGGUGAGCCGGUGGUCAAAGCCUGUGUGGAGAACGGAGCUCACCACAUUGACAUCUCUGGAGAGCCUCAGUUUCUAGAGGGCAUGCAGUUAAACUACAACAGCCUGGCAGCGGACAAAGGUGUUUACAUCAUCGGGAGCUGUGGCUUCGACUCCAUACCCGCAGACAUGGGAGUCCUCUACACCAGGGACCAGUUCAAGGGUACGCUCACUGCAGUGGAGAGCUUUCUGACUGUUGGCUCAGGACCUGAUGGCGGGGUUAUCCACGAUGGCACAUGGCAAUCUGCUGUUUACGGUUUUGCAGAUGGCCCCAAGCUGCAGGGUCUGAGGAGGAAGUUUAAUCACAAACCUCUCCCUAGUAUUGGCUCCAAGAUAAAACGCAGAGGAUCCCUGUUCUUCAGUAAUGAGAUCCAGCAGUAUACGGUGCCCUUCAUGGGCUCUGACCCCUCUGUUGUGAAGAGAAGUCAGCGCUUCCUGGUCGAGGAAAAUCAGGCCACACAAGUUCAGUAUGGAGCGUAUGCAGGAAUCGGAGGCAUUGGCAACAUAAUCAAGCUGCUGUUCGCUGGCAUGAUGUUCUGGUUCCUGGUCAAGUUCAGCUUUGGACGCGACCUGCUCAUCAAGCACCCAGAGUUCUUCUCCUUUGGAAUCUUCUCUAAGGCCGGACCAACCAGAAAGCAGAUGGAGGCCUCAUCCUUCCAGUUUGCCUUCUAUGGAGAGGGAUACACUGAGGGGGCGGACCCUUCGCAAGGGAAACCUAAUGCCAAGAUCCGCACCCUGGUUCAGGGACCAGAGUGUGCAUAUGUGGCCACACCCAUUGCCAUGGUUCAAGCUGCUCUCACCAUCCUCAAUGAAUCCACAGCUUUGCCCAAGAAGGGAGGAGUGUACACUCCAGGAGGUGCGUUUGCAAAAACCACGCUGGUCGACCGCCUCAACAAACACGGCAUUCAGUUCUCUGUCAUCUAAAGUUUGUCCCCUCCCUGAGGCCGCACUCCAGGUUUUCCAAGCACUUACUAACAUUGAUAAUAAAAGCUUGGAAGUGUAAAACUUCAUGAGAGGACUCUCUCAGAUUGAGUUCUAAUGCUGCUGGUGAUGGUACUUUCAGCAUGUUUCCUUUUCUUUUGAUCAGAAACUAGCCUGUUUUCUUUUGGCUUGAAUGUACUAUUAACCCUCUGCUUGAAAAACAAACCGCUAAAGUGCAGCAGUGUUGUCCAGCCAAGGACAGCAAAAGAACAAUUAUGUGUAAAGAGUUUUAACAUGUCUCCAAUGACUCCAAUUUUGGCCAGAAUUUAGUUUCCUCCCUUAUCAACCUUCUCUGACACGGUGACAAUAAAAGACGCUCCAUGUUUUACAUGGUCGUGCGUCUGCCUGUGAUUUACUUAAACAUAAGGAGAUGGUUAAAACUCUUCUGUUCCCUUUAAUGACCCAUGACCCAUCGCCUCGUAAUAUCAACUCUAAUGAUCCCAGAUAAGAGAUGACUGGAAAAGUAGGUAGAUGUCAGUGCAACAGAUGUAGGAAACUGUUUGAAAAAUAUGUAGAGAAAAAACAUCUGUAACUCUGUAAGAAAAGUAAACGUCUACAAUCUUUACUUGUGUUUUGUCCCUGUUGCACACCAUAGAUUUACGUGUACAAGGACAUGACUAUUGUUGUUCUGAUUCAGUGAAGUGACGCUGUCAAUAGACAAUUAGUAAAUCUGCUGUGUGUGCACGUACAUGCUCGCCUUGCCUAGUCAUCCUACUCUCUCAAACGUUUUUUUUUUUGUAGCUGACUGUUGAUGCUGUACUGUUUGCUUUUUGAGCCUCGUCAGAAAAUGCAUCUGCUGUUUGUGCACAAAACAGCAUGAGUGACUUCAUGAAACUGAACAGAUCCUCUGCUGUUUAGUUUACAGGUGUGUGUUCAGAGUUUGGGUUUAUGCGUUUGUUUGUGGGGUUGUCUAUCAUGUGGAUUGGAUCAAUUUCACCCACAUAGAAAAAAGGUUAAUCUCAGUUCAGACUUGUUUUUCAUGUUUGAGACUUUGAGCAUCAUGCGCAUGUGGCAGUUUUGGGGUGCUUUGCUUUGUAUGGUCCUCAUAAAUAAAAUCUGAUAAUAGAAAUAA